AUGGAAAAUCAAACUUUAUUGAACAUGUUUUUCCUUCAUGGUCUGGCUGCUUAUCCCAUCUUUCACUUUGUUUUCUUUCUUUUGUCCCUUAUCAUGUACAUUAUGAUACUGUUGGGCAAUAGUUUCCUCAUCACAAUCAUCAUCCUGGACUCUCACCUCCAUACCCCCAUGUACUUCUUUCUCAGUAACCUCUCCUUCCUGGAUAUCUGCUACACAUCAUCUUCUGUUCCAUUGAUACUUUUGAAUUUCCUUUCAGAAGAAAAAUCCAUUUCUUUUGUGGGCUGUGGAGCACAAAUGUUCUUCUCUCUUGCCUUGGGGUCUACAGAGUGUGUGCUCCUCACUGUCAUGUCAUAUGACCGGUAUGUGGCCAUUUGUAGACCCUUGAGGUACCCCAUCAUCAUGAACAAGGAGCUUUGUGGAUGGAUGGCAGCCAGUUCCUGGAUGGCAGGUGUGCUAAAUUCCCUGGUGCAAACAGUCCUUGCUAUGGGGCUGCCCUUUUGUGGGAACAAUGUCAUUGAUUAUCUCACAUGUGAGAUUCUGGCUGUGCUGAAACUAGCCUGUACAGAUAUCUCCCUCAAUGUGAUCAUUAUGGUGAUUUCAAAUGUAAUCUUACUCAUUAUUCCAGUGUUGCUAAUUGUUAUCUCUUAUGCUUUCAUCCUCUUUACAAUUCUGAGAAUCAAUUCUGUAGAGGGAAGGAAAAAAGCCUUUUCCACCUGUUCAGCCCACCUGACUGUGGUGACUAUGUUUUAUGGGACCAUCCUCUUCAUGUACAUGAAGCCCAAGUCCAAAGAUUCCCAUGCAACAGAUGAGCUGAUUGCUCUCUUCUAUGCUGUUGUCAUUCCCAUGCUGAAUCCUAUCAUUUACAGUCUGAGGAACAAGGAUGUAAAAGCUGCUGUUAAAAAGCUAAGUAAAAGCAUCUUCUCACAGACAACAUGAAAAGCUGGAAAGUAUCAGCCAAAUGAGACAAAGUAUAAGAAGUAAUCAACAUUCAUAAUCAAUAUUUUAAAUUGAUGUUUUGUGUAUGGGUUUGAUUCUCUCCAGCCUUGACCAUCUAUCUAUUGCUAUCCAUCUAUCACAGCCAACUCUAGCAAAGCACAGUAAUGGAAAUGAGCUGACAUCAGAGAAAAAUAGUUUUCCUUGCUAAAUAUGCUUCCAGAGCUGAGAAAGUCAGGGAACAUGAAAGAUUUGCAUGGAAAUAAGAGAAACUUAUAAUGGAAGAACUGCCUCUGUAACCUAGUUGCACUUUAUCCAGUAUUUUCUCCCAUAUAGGUCCUCCACAAAAAUCAGAAGAUAUCAAGUGCUGAGCUUGAAGUCUCAGAGCUAAUCUCAAAGUCUGAUGCUCCCACCAAAACCUUAGACAAGUCACAUAAUGUCCCCUGGCCCAAUUUUCUCAUUUAUAAAAAGAGAGUAGAUGACUUCUAAGUUUUCCUCCAACAUUAGAAUGCUGAUGCCAUCUUCCAGUUCAGUCAAGUUGUUCUCAUUAGAGCUCAUAUGCACCACACUCAUAUCUGCCUCUUAUAGACACCACUAAGAAGAUGGCAGCUAAAGAUUAUGCUACUGUUUUAGAAAGGAAUUUCCCAGUGUACUACUCACUUCCACCCCCUCCAACCCUUAAGGGCUUGCCCUAAAUCAAAUCAAAAUCUUGAGCUUGGCAGAGAUGCUGAUUUGUACUUUACAAGAUGGUAUCUUCCAAUUGGGUUUGUGGGAAAAGAAAUGGAAGUCUUUAAAAUUUGGUUAUCCUUUUCUGUCUAAAAGUUUCCUUGUUUUCUUAAAUUGGAAAAAAUAAAUAAUGUUAAUCAACAAAUUACUAAACUGUAUAUUGCUUG